ACUGUACUCACAUCAAGGACACUGUAUGGGAUACCAAUUUACUUACACAGUCUAUUGGCCACUUGUUAUUCCAGCACAAGCGUGUAUAUCCUUGGGGACUGCGGGUUCUGUAAGUUUCAAACAAGGAGUUUGUCUGGCCGAUCCAGCGAACUGCAGACAGCAGCUAGCGUCAGCCCAGUUCAGCUGAAUGUCCUGUGCUUUUUUUGUUUCGUUAGCGGGAGACAGGAGGGAGGUAUGAUCGCAGUUGAGCGCGGACCCUGCCAGCUGUGAAUAGCAUUCAAGCUUUAUCAACCCAGUCUUAUAGACUUUGAAACACAAUGCAACGGAUGACUUCUCUCUAACCUAACGUUCAGUUAAAGAGGGUCAUUAUGUAGUGAGAAUAAUGGCAGUUCGAUACGUUUCACUUAUCUACGAGAGGUGAUCAACAUUUUUUAUGUGAAUGGAUCUUUUUUUACGUUAAUCGCACAGAAUGUAACACCUGUGUUGCUAGUCUCGUGGACUUCUUCAGUGUUAUCAGUUAUUUUGCGUGUGAAUUGUUUAUCAUGAAGUUUAAAGGACAAAAUAAAUCGACAGGAUUAUACAAAUUGUGAUGUAUUGUUUUGUUAUCACCUUAUUAAGUAACUCGGAAUAAAAAGUACACAGUGAACACUUCAAAGGUAGAAGAGGUGGUAGGGGUAUCUACGUUUGAAUGUAUGAAUUUGGUAGCAGUGGAGGGGUCGUUUGUGAUUUUAUUUUCACCUUAGCUUCGUCACAGUCUAAACAUGAAAGCAAGUAAAUUUCUUGGAAACUAAAAUACUGGUUGCACUCUACUCCAUAACACCGUGUUCAGUGUUUGUGUAUUGCUAUACUUCAUGUAGGCGUUCUUUCGCUGUGUUUUGUGUCCCGUGUGACAAUUAGGCCUAGGCAAGAAAAGCAAGCAGAAGAAAGUGAUCUUGUUAUCAGUGUCUUACCAGCAGCGCUGGAACGAUAUCAAGAUUUCAGAGCGCUGCGUCAGUAAGGAGGUGCGAGCAAGACAACCACCAGCAGCAGCAUGGGGUCCUUUUUCCGGAGCGAGAAGAUGUCCCUGUGUCAAUUAUUCAUCCAACCGGAAGCGGCAUAUUCGUCUGUCGCGGAGCUCGGAGAGGCUGGUAGCGUGCAGUUCAGAGAUUUGAAUGCAGACGUGAAUGCCUUUCAGCGCAAAUUUGUAAAUGAAGUACGGCGCUGUGAUGAGCUUGAACGGAAACUUCGUUACAUUGAAGCUGAAGUCAACAAGGAAAAUUUGCAUAUUCCUGAAAUUGAAGACCUACCUAACUCACCCAACCCAAGGGAGAUCGCGGAUCUCGAGACUGCUCUGGAGAAGACAGAAAAUGAGAUCUUGGAGCUGAGUCAAAAUGCUGUGAACCUCAAGUCAAAUUUUCUGGAGUUGACUGAACUGAAACAUGUCCUAGAGAAAACAGAAUCGUUCUUCAAUGAACAGGAAGGGAUCGGUGGUACGGACUCACUGACACGUGCACUCAUCAGCGAGGACUCAGCGGCACAGACCACUCACAUCCGUGGACGUCUAGGGUUUGUGGCAGGUGUUGUACCAAGGGAGAGAGUGCCAGCAUUCGAACGCAUGCUGUGGAGGAUCUCUCGUGGCAAUGUGUUCCUCAGACAAGCUGAACUUGACCAGCCGCUGGAAGAUCCUUCUACGGGUAAUGAGAUCUUCAAGACUGUAUUUGUGACAUUCUUCCAAGGAGAACAGCUGAAAUCUCGCGUAAAGAAGGUGUGUGCUGGUUUCCAUGCAUCAUUGUACCCCUGUCCCAAUGUUGCUACUGAGAGAGAAGACAUGGUGAAGGGUGUUCGAACAAGACUUGAGGAUCUCAAUAUGGUUCUCAAUCAAACACAGGAUCAUCGUCAGCGUGUGCUGGUUAGUGUGGUCAAGGAGCUUCAGAACUGGAUGGUUAUGGUGCGUAAAAUGAAGGCCAUCUACCAUACACUGAAUAUGUUCAACGUGGAUGUCACCAAGAAGUGCCUCAUUGCAGAAUGCUGGGUUCCAGUCCAAGAUCUAGCUGGAGUAAGAAAGGCCCUUGAAGAUGGAGGGAGGGCUAGUGGCAGUUCAAUUCCCUCAUUCCUGAAUGUGAUCGAAACUUCAGAAGCACCACCUACGUUCAAUCGCACCAAUAAAUUUACACGGGGUUUCCAGAAUCUUAUUGAUUCAUAUGGUGUUUCCAGCUAUAGGGAGGUUAACCCAGCACUGUAUACAAUCAUCACAUUCCCAUUUCUAUUCGCCAUUAUGUUCGGUGAUGCUGGUCAUGGUCUCAUCCUGACAGCAUUUGGAAUGUACAUGGUCAUUGGCGAGAAGAAAUUAAUGAAGAAGAAGUCAAGUAGUGAGAUAUGGAACAUCUUUUUUUCUGGCCGUUACAUCAUCCUGUUAAUGGGGCUCUUCUCAGUUUACACUGGAAUUAUUUACAAUGAUAUAUUCUCCAGAUCAGUCAAUAUCUUUGGCUCCAGUUGGAAAAUAGAUGGCUAUACCAUUGAAGACAUAAAGGAAAAUGUAGAAUUGACUCUGAGCCCAUAUACCAACUUUGCCAAAUUCAGAGCAUCUCCUUAUCCUCUGGGAUUGGAUCCUAUUUGGCAGUCAGCUACUAACAAGAUUAUCUUCUUAAAUUCAUACAAAAUGAAGCUGUCCAUCAUAUUUGGUGUGAUCCACAUGAUAUUUGGAGUGUGCCUUAGCGUUGUUAAUCACAUACAUUUCCGAAAAUCAAUAUACAUUAUUCUGGAAUUUGUGCCACAAAUAUUGUUCUUGCUUCUGCUAUUUGCUUACAUGGUUGCCAUGAUGUUCAUAAAAUGGGCAAUCUACUAUCCACAGGAAACUAUGGAUUGCAAUAAUAGCACAGUGUCAUGCUCUCAGGCCACCUUGGACAUCAUUAGGUAUGGGCCAUCGUGUGCUCCCUCCGUCCUCAUUCUGUUCAUCAACAUGAUGCUUUUCAAGAGUUCACCUCCUACAGGUGAAGGCUGUCAAGAAUUUAUGUUUGAUGGUCAAGAUCUAAUACAAUAUGUAUUUGUUGUUGUUGCCUUGUUGUGCAUUCCCGUACUCCUACUAGGCAAGCCUAUAUAUCUUCUCUGUUGUGGGCACAGCAAAAAGUCUGAACACAUAUCGGAAAAUGGUGAUGUUAACCAAGGGCUGGAACUAACCCCGGAAACAUUUGAAGCCCCAAGUUCCUCACCUGCUCACACAGAACAUAACGAAGGGGACCAUCAAAUGGGAGAAAUUUUUAUUCAUCAAGCAAUUCACACCAUUGAAUAUAUACUGAGCACAAUAUCACACACAGCUUCUUACUUGCGACUUUGGGCUCUUUCAUUAGCACAUGCACAGUUGUCAGAAGUGUUGUGGACAAUGGUCCUGAGCAAUGGACUUAGCGGGUCUGCAGAGGGUAAUGCUGGAUCAUAUGUGGCAGGCGGUAUUAUUCUGUAUGUUGUGUUUGCUGCCUGGGCAGUGCUUACGUUGGCUAUCCUAGUCAUGAUGGAGGGAUUGUCUGCUUUCCUUCACACACUUCGACUGCACUGGGUGGAGUUCAUGAGCAAGUUUUAUGAAGGAGCAGGCUAUGUCUUCCAACCAUUUUCAUUCAAGAUGAUUCUUGAGAGCGAAGAUUUGGAGGAGGAAUAGAUGAACUUGUGGAAUUUCUCUACCUGCCCAGUCUAUGGUCAGAGGCUACCAGAUGCAUGAGAGUUGGGCCUCAAGAAUUGAGUGUAGCAGGUUUAAAUUUUGUGUAAUGAGUAUGCAGAGCUGAUACUCAUUUCCAUUGUUCUAUAAAAUAGUUGUACAUGUAACAUGAUCUUUGUUUCAUUACAGUUUGGUUUUAUGCUAUUGUU